CUUUGAUUUAGGUGUCCAAAUAUUUUAGUGAAAUAUUUAAGAAGUUAGCUCCUGAAGGUCAUGCUGUUCUUGUGAUGAAAAAAGGAGACACAGAUCAAGGGGGAGAUGAUGAGGAAGGUUCACAAUCACAGGAAGUGCCUCUUGUAGAACAGUUCACGGGGGUGGGAAUUAAGGUAUCAUUUAGUGGUAACCGGGCAGAAAUGAGGGACAUGCAGCAGUUGUCAGGAGGUCAGAAGUCACUGGUGGCUCUAACACUUAUCUUUGCCAUCCAGAAAUGUGACCCGGCUCCAUUCUAUCUGUUUGAUGAAAUUGACCAAGCCUUAGAUGCCCAGCAUAGAAAAGCUGUUGCAGAUAUGAUCCACGAGUUAUGUCAGGACGCUCAGUUUAUCACGACGACCUUCAGACCAGAACUUCUCGAACAUGCCGAUAAAUUCUAUGGUGUUAAAUUUAGAAACAAGGUGAGUCAUAUAGAUUGUGUAAGUUACGAGGAGGCCCAGGACUUUGUGGAGGACGACACAACGCACGGUUAAGACUUGGCGCUUCUAAUACCAAUAUGGCUGCAGUGGAAAUGGUACCAAAGUGCUUCCUUGUGAAACCAAAAUGAAAAAUUUAAUUUGAUGAUAUGAAGAGAAAGUUACCUGAGAUUUGACUUUUAAGAUGUUAAGAAUAUUGGUGAGAAAGAUUUCUGGUGAAAAUUGAGAGAAUUAUUUCUGAGAUAUGUUUCGUAAUGAUAGGGCUGUGUUUUAAAUGUGGUGAUGAAAACAUUGACCGGAUAUUAAAUAUACAUGCUGAACAAAAACGAUGUAAGGAAUGUGUGUUUAUGCUGGUAUGAUGUUUAAAGACAGAAUGUUUCUGUCAUAUUAAAAAUUGAGGGACAUAUUUUACAAUAAUGGGGAUUGUACAUUAAGACAUAUUCUUUACAAUAUUACUUCAAUUUAAUUGACAAAUAAAAAAUUACAUUUAAUAAGGAAAUACAAGUUAAUUGUAAGUUUGGUUUAAUCUUUUGCUGUCAGUGUUACUAAGUUUUUAUGAAGUUUGAAUCAAAUACCUUCUUGAAAUUGUUAACAGUGCAUUAUAUUUUGGUGUUAAGGUGACCUUGUUGCAGUUUUGAUUUUAGUAACUCUUGUUUCAAGUUUACGAUGGAUAUUAACUGGAUAUUUUUCAGAAGUUAAGAAAAUGUUACUGGCAGUUAUUUUGUUUUCAUUGUUGUAUUUUUGUCAAUAUAUUGUGAAUUUUUAUGUUCUCAGAAUAGGCGGAGCAUAUUAGUGCCAUUUUAUCCUUCCUUAGAUCCGUCUGUCUGUCUCUCGCUCUAUUUCUCAUAACAUCUACAUGUUUUAAUUGAUAUCUUUAAAAAUUUAGUGUGUUAGCACCUACGAUUGGCCUUUCCCAUUUGAUGGAGGCUGGGUAGGGGUUGGGUCAUUUUUGGUCAAGCUAAAAAUAGAUUUUCAUUCCUUCUUUUAUUUUAUAUCAAGAAUAUGUCUGGAGCUUUGAUAAAAUGUUAUUAGGGAGCAUUUAGGCAUGUUACACACAUUCUUGUGUAGAGGAGAUAUAUGAAUAGUGCAGUAAAAUUGUGUUCAUUCAUUCUAGAAUUUUAAUAGCAUAAUUUCUAUACACGUAUAUUUUAAUCAUUUAAACAAAAACUUUUAUAUAUAAAUAAAAUGCCAUGCAAUAGUAAGUAAAUACAUGUAGACUGAAUUGAAGGUAGUGCAUGUUUAAGGAAAUAGAAAAACUCCUGAGUUGAGUGAAUGGAUUAAGUUAUUUAAUAGGUCUUUGUGAAUAAAUCAAAUAAAAAGCACUUGAAAGUAAAAAUAAAAUCAUGUAAAAUUGUAUGUAAAUUAAUGGGAGUUACAGAAUUAACAAUGUUAAAAUUUAUUUUUAUUUGUCAUUUUACCACUUGUUUUGACUACAUGUUCUAAGUGUUUCCAUUUUUGUCUUUGGUUUUAUACUGGGUGUUCUGAAGUAAUGCAAAGAUGGGGGGCAUAAGUCUUCCCAAACGUUAAAGACCCAUUAUGCCUCAGAAAUGCUAUCUUUUUUUUUCCUCAAAACCUUCCUAUUUACAAGCAUUUGCCACAUAGAUGAACUAGCUUUUUGCUCUGUAGACAGUUGUACAAUCAAUGAAUGAGUAUUUUUAUGGAAGUCAAAAUACUACUUUGUUAACAUUUUCUUACCUUUACAACACAUAACUGCACAUUCGGCGUUGUUUAACAUCUAAUAAUUAUGUGCUGAAUCAAUUAAUUAAACAUGAUUAAGCACAUGUUAAUUAAAAACAUUAAAACUAUGGAUUUCUGAGGCAUUAUAUGCUUUAAAAAAAAUAACGUGUUGGUGUCACUGUAAAACCUAAAUGUUUAUUUUAUGUUGUAAAAGAUAUUUGUCUUCAAAAUUGCAUUAAUUUUUCUUAUUUUAUUUAUCCAUCUACAAAAAAUGAUAAGAAUCUUUUGUGCAUUAAACUUGGGUCCAGGAUGUUUGUUUUUUUGUCAUUAUGUAAGUAAUUUAUUAAUCAUGAUGGCUUUAAACAGUCCAUGUGACAGGGAAAUUUCAAAUAUUUUGUCUUAAACAUAUAAAUGGGAUAAAAAAAAACAAUUAUAAUCAUAGGGAUAUAUGUAAUAAGGUAUUCAUGAUAAAGCUGAAAAAAGGAGGAAUGUUAAAAGAUUCAGAUUUUCAUCAUUAUGUUAAUUUGCUAGAUAUUCCCC